AUGUUGUGUACAAAAGGCCGAGCAGAUUCGCCCGACGCGGCCGGAAUGGCCCCCCACAAAGACGAUUUGUUUUGGAAUGCGAUUAUGAACGUUAAGAUUAAACGUGGGCUCAAUUUAUUCCGGAAAAAGCCGAAAUUGGACCGGGGUUUGGUGCAGGAAUUGGCGCAUCGGUUUACGAUCACGGAGGCUGAUGUGAAAAAGGUGCACGCAAUUUUCAUCGCGAUGGACGAGGACGGCUCGGGAUCGAUUUCCUCAAAUGAAGUGGCGACAAUGUUGAUGGGUUUUGGGUGUGAUGUCUCACCAAAGGUAGUCCAAGCCGUCAUGCGCACAUCUGAUGUCAACGGCGAUGGCGAGAUUAAUUUUGAAGAAUUUUUACAUGCCGUAACGAGUAAAAUACGGGACGGUUCCGUAGUGCCGGAAACUUCCAAAGGAAUCCAGGCCCUAAAUGAGCCGGCGCCAAACCAAAAACUGCUCCCCGUUUGCCCGUGGGAGGAGGAGCAGGACCCGCCUGUGGAAGUGGUGGCGUGUCGAGAGCAUCGGCCCUGCAAAGAAUUGGCAGAAAAGGUCGAGCAGAACAAUCGACAAGAAUAUAGGAAGGCCAUCGAAAUAAAAGAACCAAUCAUCGAGCCGGAACAUGUGACGGUGGUCAGUGGACACGAAGAGGAUCCUCAACGCGAAUCCCCCACUUCGGAUGUUUGGCGGGAAAAGAGCGAAGUGAAUUCGAUGGAAAGAGACCCGGUCGAUUUCUCGGAUUUCGUGCAGGUCGUGCAAACCGUG